UAAGCAAACCAAAUAGCUUCUCUACGAUAUGUCAUUCCUCGUGGAGGGUGAGUAGUGAGAAACUGCAAGUCAACAAAUGGACAAAGUUGAUUAAUUUUUUGAGUAAAAUGUAUCCUCGUGCUCAACAACAGGCUUCUGGUUUUUACCAGUCAACUUUUAUUAAUCCUUCUCCUGAACAAGCGGGCUCUUACUCUGUGACUCAAUCUUCCAGUUUUGAAGAAGAGCCUCCUUUAUUAGAAGAGUUGGGAAUAGACCUUAGGCGAAUCCUCGAAAAGGCCAAAGCUGUUCUCAACCCUUUUGCUAGUUUUGACCACACUUUCGGUGAAGACGCUGAUAUGGCUGGUCCUCUAUUAUUUUGUUUGCUAUUAGGAUUUAUACUUUUAUUUUCUGGCAAGGUUCACUUUGGAGUAAUCUAUGGUCAAGCAAUAAUUGGCUGUUUUUCGAUCUACGUCAUCUUGAACUUGAUGAGUUCAAAAGGCUUGGAUCUAUAUCGAACUGUCAGUAUUUUAGGGUAUUCGCUAGUUCCUAUUGUGAUUUUAUCUUUCUUAUUGCUGGGUCUUUUUUUAAAGAAAUCAUCGUUAUUGGCAUUUCUUUUAAGUGCGCUUGCAGUUGCAUGGUCCACAAACACUGCAACCAUGAUUUUCGUGCAGACAAUGUCCAUGAAGGAACAGCGCUGGUUAAUAGCAUAUCCUUUGGCGUUGCUAUAUGCAUCAUUUGUCUUAAUUACGGUUUUCUGAAUUGUACAUAACUAUGAAAUAUGACCGUCUAACAAACCACUAACGAAAUAGCUACGAGAUAAAGAAUUCUAAAGUACUUUUAUAAAUUUCUCCGGCCAGCGUACUUAUCAGCAACUC